ACGAAGCCGACCCAAAUGAAAAGUUGCCGUUGACAAAGCAAGGGGAUACGACAGUGAGGUAACCUAUCUCUUCUUUCUCCGACCAUGCUUUGGCCUCAAACUCUCAUAGAUUAUUCUUCGCAGACCUACAAACUUUAUUUUCAUCACCCAUUCCAAUCCUCUCCUCUCCCUUCUUUCUCCCAAAUCUCCAAAUACGUGAGAACCCCUUUCAUGGCAGACACCUCUUCACCCGCCUAACUGCCUCCUCCUUCCAUCCAUGGCAACGACCGACAACGACUGCUCCGAUGGCUUCUGCAGCAUCCACUGCCCCCAAUGGUGUUACUUUCUCUUCUCCCCCCAUCCCUCCCCCUCCUCCUCCUCCUCCUUCUCCUUCACCCCUCUCAAAAUCGCCAUUAUCGGCACCGUUCUGAGCUUCAUCAUUCUCCUCAGCUAUUACACCUUCAUCUCCAAGUACUGCAACUCCCUCUCCUUCCACUCCCAUCCAUCUAUCCAACAUGACGGAGCUUCACGCUCCAAUGGGAUCGACGAGAUUCUCAUCAACAAAAUCGCAGUUUUCAGGUAUAGAAAAGCGGAGGGUGUCAUCGAGCUCACAGACUGCUCCGUUUGCCUCGGCGAGUUCACAGAAGAAGAAAGCCUCCGUCUUUUGCCAAAGUGUAGCCAUGCCUUCCAUUUACAGUGCAUCGACACUUGGCUCAAGUCGAAUUCAAGCUGCCCUCUUUGCCGAACUAAUGUGUUGCAGGAGAGCAGCAAAGCUUCUUCUUUUUCUGCCGAGCAGGAGCAGGAGCAGGAGAUGGUUGUGGUUGUAGAGGAUUAAGGAGAUGUUGAAGAUGAUUCGAUGGAGCUUGGGGAAGUAGAUUUGGAACAGACAUCGUCGCGUGGAGGAUGAGUUUAGAUCAAUCUUUCAUCUUCUAUUCUUUAAAGAGAUCGGUUUCAAAUAAGAGGGAUUUGGUCAUGAAAAGUAGAAAAAUUAUUAGGUGCGGAGUGCAGACGGGGAGAGCACCGUCCGCACAGACACAGGAUACCAAGCGGUAUCUAGUGGUACCCAGCAGUACCGAACGAUUGGAUUUUAUACUAGUGUGUGGACGGUUCUCCCCGUCUGCACUCCGCACCUAAUAAUCCCUCCAUGAAGUAAGGGAAGUAGAGGAAGUAACUUCUUACCGUUUGAUGAAAUGCUUGACAGAGAGAUUGAAGUUUUCUAAAUUGCUUUGAUUGCAAUUUUUAUGAAUUAUGUAUAAAGGUUUGUAGAUUAUGGGUUUGGAGAAUGGUGUUUA